AUAAGUCUGAUAUGUUACACAUAAUGGGAAGACCUUCUUCCUUUGUUUUCCUCUUCUUACUCCAUUCCUUCAUGGCCUCCUUAGUUUGGAGUGAUACAAAUAUCACUAGUGACAAAUCUGCACUUCUUGCCUUUAAAUCCUUUAUCACUUCAGAUCCACACAAUUUCUUAGCUAAUUGGUCUGUCUCUUUUUCUCCAUGCAGCUGGAUUGGUAUCACAUGCAAUACUCGUCAUGGAAGAGUCCACUCCUUGAAUCUUGAUGGCAUGGAUCUUAAGGGUACCAUAUCUCCACAACUAGGAAAUCUCUCAUUCCUUGUUGAACUUGACCUCAGUGACAACGAUUUUCAUGAUCAAAUACCAAAUGAGCUAGUUAAAUUGCGUAGGUUGGAACUACUCAAUUUGAGCUGCAAUGACUUUCAUGGGCAAGUUCCAAUAGGGAUAGGAGGUUUAUCUUCACUUGAGAAACUAAAUCUUCGAAAUAAUAGUCUUAAUGGAAUUAUUCCACCAUCUCUAUUCAAUCUGACAAUGUUAGAGACAUUGGAUUGGAAUUUUAAUUCCAUUGAGGGGACCAUUCUGCUUGAGGUGGGAAGACUUGAGAAAUUGACCAUUUUACGUCUUGCGGGUAACAAGCUUUCAGGAAACAUUCCCCGAACAAUUUCCAACUUGUCUUCACUUGAGUUAUUGAGUUUGUCUUAUAACACUUUGUCAGGGGGCAUCCCAAGUGAGAUUGGGGAUCUUUCACAAUUGAAGACAUUGUAUCUUGGAAAUAAUCAACUUGCUGGUUCAAUACCAUCUUCAUUAUUCAACAAUUCAGUGCUGCAAGACUUUGAACUUGCAAUAAAUAAUUUAUCUGGCAGUCUCCCAAUAAAUGUGUGUGUUGGGCUUCCAAAGCUACAAAUAUUUUAUGUGAAUGGAAAUGACUUGUCUGGCCAAAUACCCUCCACUUGGCAUCAAUGCAUAGAAUUAUUAGAGUUACAAUUGUAUGAUAACAAAUUCAACAGAGGAAACAUACCAAUUGACAUUGGAAAUCUGACCAAACUUCAGUGGCUAUCUCUUUCCAACAGCAACUUGCAAGGAAUCAUUCCAAGUGAGAUUGGAAAUUUGACAAACCUCCAAUUCCUUGGUCUUGGCGAGAACAUUUUGCAAGGUUUUAUACCCAAGGACAUAGGCUGUCUUGUUAAACUUGAAAUCAUAGAUUUGGGAUCAAAUUAUUUGAGUGGACCUAUUCCUUUCAGUAUAUUCACCAUUUCAACAUUGAAAUACUUAAGCCUUGGCAGUAAUUCCCUCUCUAGCCUUCUCCCAUCAUAUUUAGGGAUUGGCCUUCCCAACUUGGAGAAUUUACUACUGGAUGAUAAUGAGAUAAUUGGACAAAUUCCAAACAGCAUAUCAAAUGCUUCUAAGCUCAUUGAGUUAAAUUUGUCAUUGAAUAAAUUAAAUGGAUCUAUACCCAAUGUCAUUGGAAAUUUAAAAAACUUGUUCGACUUAGCUUUGGAUGGGAAUGAUUUGACUGGGUUGAUUCCAGACAGAGUUAGCAACUUACAUAAACUUCAACGUUUAAGUCUCAGCAACAACAGAUUGCAGGGUUCCAUCAUAAAUGAACUUUGCCAACUCAAAAGUCUAAGUGAGUUGUAUCUUGCCAACAACAUGUUUUCGGGAGCAUUACCAGGAUGUCUCGGGAAUACUUCUUUGCGGAAGUUGAAUUUUAGCUCCAACAAAUUGAUGUCUCAUAUACCUUUUUCUUUCUGGAGUCUCAAAGAUAUCUUAGUUUUAGACAUAUCGUCCAAUGCAUUGAGUGGAUCAAUAUCGCCAGAGUUAUCAAACUUUAGAGCAAUUAUACUGUUGAACUUGUCAAGAAACCAGAUUUCAGGAAGCAUCCCUACAACUAUGGGUGGCUUGCAAACCUUGAUAACUCUAUCUUUGGCUAACAACAAAUUACAAGGGUCUAUUCCUCAAUCAUUUAGUAGCAUGAUAAGCAUAGAGUCCAUGGACCUUUCCCAUAAUUAUUUAUCUGGUGUGAUUCCAAAGUCCUUAGAGUCAUUACUCAAUCUUAAAUACAUUAAUCUUUCUUACAAUUUGUUGGAUGGAGAAAUUCCAAAUGGUGGUCCUUUUCAAAAUUUUACUGCUCAAUCUUUUAUGAUGAAUAAAAAUCUUUGUGGGAAAUCCCAACUACAAGUCCAACCAUGUAGGAGAGGAAACAAACACAAAUCAAACAAAGUGAUGGUGGUGAUAAAAUGCUCAGUGCCUAUCAUGGUUGUCAUUUUGGUCGUUACAAGCAUUAUCUUUCUAAAGCAUAACAGAGACGAUGCUGACUAUGCAACCAAAAGGGAUUUAACCAAUUUGGAUGCACCAACUAGGAUAUCCUAUUAUGAGCUUUUACAGGGAACAAAUAGAUUUGAUGAAAGUAAUCUUCUUGGCUCUGGAAGUUUUGGAUCAGUAUAUAAAGCAAUUCUUCCAAAUGAAAAGAUAGUUGCUGUCAAAGUAUUUAACAUAGACAUGGAAGAAGCAUUGAGAAGUUUUGAUAUUGAAUGUGCAGCUAUGUGCAAUUUACGCCACCGUAAUCUCAUUAAGAUCAUUAGUUGUUGCUCGAAUGAUGAUUUCAAGUCUCUAAUAAUGGAAUUCAUGUCAACUGGAAGCCUUGAUAGAUGGUUGUACUCUCAUAACUACUGUUUAGAUAUCCUACAAAGGUUGAAUAUAAUGGUUGAUGUGGCAACUGCAUUAGAGUAUCUUCAUCAUGGUAUUUCUACUCCAAUUGUUCAUUGUGACAUAAAACCAAGUAAUGUUUUGUUGGAUGAAGAUAUGGUGGCUCAUCUUAGUGAUUUUGGUAUGGCUAAACUAUUAGGUGAAGGACAAUUGGAAACUCGUACAAAAACAUUAGCUACAGUUGGCUAUAUGGCACCAGAGUAUGGAUCAAAAGGAGUGGUUUCUUUCAAAGGAGAUGUGUAUAGCUAUGGUAUCAUGCUAAUGGAGAUAUUUACAAGGAAGAAGCCAACUGAUGAAAUGUUUGAGGAAGAUCUUGGUUUGAAAGAUUGGGUUAGCAAAUCAACACCACAUUCAAUCAUCAAUAUUCUAGAUGUCAAUUUGCUACCUAAAGGGAAUUCAAAUAUCAACAAUAUAUUAGCACAUAUAUCAUCAAUUUUUGAGUUGGCAUUAAGUUGUUGCACUGAAUUACCUGAAGCACGAAUUAUGAUGACUGAUGUUGUCGUCUCAUUGAAAAAGAUAAGGUCAUAUUUAUGUAAGAUGUUAGAGAUGCAACACUAGUUAAAUAAUCUUUAUAUGGAAGUUUUAGUCAUUGUUUCUUUGUAAGAUAAAUUACAUAGUUUAUAAGGUUUUAUGUUUUCUGUAGGGAGUGAGCAAAUGUGAACAUUAUAUUUUGAAUGUUUUUGGAUUUCAGGGAGUCUAGA